AUGGCGAAGACAGAGAGCGUCGAUUGCUCGGAUAGGGAAGGAUGGACUGCAUUGCAUAAGGCGGCAGCGAAUGGAAAGGCAGACAUCUUGAGGUCCCUCCUCGCUCAGGGCUCCAAUGUGAAUGCUCAGACGAAGAACGGGAGGACGCCGCUGUACCUCGCUGCAGUGGAUGGGAACGAGGAGUGUGUCAUGCUGCUGCUGGCAAACGAUGCAGACCCGGGCAUCAAGAACGAAGAAGGAAGAGCUGCGGGGGAGGUAGCGAAGUUGUUCAACCACCAUGCAGUCCUCGAGUUGAUUCGAGGAGAGAGAAAG